AUGCAACUUCUGUGCUCUCUCCCUCUCCGCGUCGCCCGCAAGCUGCGCAAUCGCCUUAAGCCCGCACUUCUCAAGGCCUCUAACACCACCCAACGCGCUGCCGCAUCGGUCCGCGAGACGGUCCGCCAGUCCAUGUACUUCCACUCCAGCACUGACAAGCUCAAGCACCAGCCGCGGCCAGCAGCCCUUGGCACCGUCGCUAUGCUGGGCAAGGUCAAGUCCAGUGUCGCCACGGGCGUGGAUGCUGCUCGUGGAGAGGGCGCGAGGUUGCGCCGGCAGAUGAGCACAAUCUACCAAAAUUGGGAGCAGGGGAAUGCUCUGUCCCACGGCAACGCCGCCCGUCUCAACUAG